AUUCGAAGUUCAAGCCAGGAAGAUUUUUCUCUCGUGUCUUCAUCCCGCCUGAGUGGAAAAUGGAAAUCUAUCAAUUAGAAUUAGAAUUGAUUUAAUUAAAUGAUUUAAUUAAAGUCGAUUAGAUCGUUAAUUGUAUAAAAAAAAAAACGAGUCACAAUAACGAUCAUGUUGGUGCUAUUCGAGACCCCGGCGGGGUACGCGAUCUUCAAGCUGCUGGAUGAAAAUAAACUCACCGAAUCAGAAAAUCUUUAUAAAGACUUUGAAACUCCUGAAGAUGCCAGUAAAAUAAUAAAAUUAAAACACUUUCACAAAUUUGAAGAUACUACUGAAGCGCUAGCUGCUACAACAGCGCUUGUGGAAAGUAAAUUAUCUAAGUCUCUAAAGAAAACGCUAAAAUUCAGCUGCACUGAAGUCCAUGAACAAUUGGCAGUUUCCGAUGCAAAACUGGGCUGUGUUAUUAGGGACAAACUACAAUUGUCUUGCGUCAGUAAUACAGCAAUACAAGAGUUGAUGAGAUGUAUCAGAAAUCAGAUGGACAGUUUGAUCACUGGAGUAACCAGGAGGGAAAUGUCGGCCAUGGCAUUGGGCUUAGCACACAGUCUUUCCAGGUACAAACUAAAGUUUUCACCUGAUAAGAUCGACACUAUGGUAAUACAGGCAGUAUGCUUGCUCGACGAUCUGGACAAGGAACUUAAUAAUUAUAUAAUGCGAGCACGCGAAUGGUACGGUUGGCAUUUUCCCGAGCUGGGCAAAAUUGUAACUGACAACAUGUUGUAUGUGCAAACAAUGCGGACCAUUGGCCAACGGGAGAACGCCAUCUCGACUGAUUUGUCGGAUAUCCUACCAGAAGAGAUUGAAAAGGAGGUGAAAAAAGCUGCAGAGACCUCGAUGGGCUCAGAGAUUUCAGAAUACGACGCCGAACAUAUGCAAUACUUAUGCAAAGAGAUAAUUGAACUCCACCAGUAUCGAGCCAGUUUGAGUGACUAUCUGACUGCCAGGAUGAAUGCGUUGGCGCCGAACCUGUCUAUUCUCGUCGGCGAACUGGUCGGCGCACGUCUAAUAUCGAAAGCCGGCUCUUUGACGAGUCUCGCCAAACAUCCGGCGUCCACUUUGCAGAUUCUCGGUGCGGAGAAAGCGCUAUUCCGUGCACUCAAAUCGAAAAAAAAUACUCCUAAAUAUGGCUUGAUUUAUCAUUCACAACUCGUCGGACAAUCGUCAAAUAAGAAUAAAGGCAAAAUAUCUAGAAUGUUAGCUGCGAAAGCUGCCUUAGCAACCAGAUUCGAUGCAUUUCUAACAGUAAACCCUAAUGACCAAAAUGAAUAUUGGAAUGAUCUCGGCGCACAACACAAAGCAAAUCUAGAGGCACGAUUAAAACAACUCGAGGCUGGUAAUAUACGCCGAAUCAGCGGCACUGCUAAAGCGAAGGCAAAGUUUGAGAAGUAUCACAGCAAAAAUGAAUAUAUGCAGUACUCAGCAUCCGUCGAUUCGACUCUACCGAAUAAGAGGCCAUUGAUUGAAGAGAUUGAUACAAAGGAGAGCGAAGAAGAACCCAAGAAAAAGAAGAAAAAGAAAAAUAGUUUAGAGUCCAUAACAGAAGAAACAGAAGAAGCCUCUAAUAUGCAAAAAGAGGUAGAAAUAAAAACGGAAAUGGAUGCGUCAUCGAAAAAAAAGAAAAAACCUAGUGCAGAAUUUGAACUGGAAGAUGAUGAAGAGCUUCAUAGUCCACCGAAAAAAAAGAAAAAACAUAGUACAGAUUCCAAACAGAUCAAAACAGAAGAUGUAGGUGAAUCUUCUGGUAUACAAGAAGUACAAAUUGAAGCGGAUACAUUAAAUGUAUCAAAGAAAAAGAAGAAGAAAAAGAUGCAGAAAUCAGUCGAAACAGUAGAAGCAGCACCUAUAAAAACUGAAGAAACUAUAGAAACAGACAUUUCAAUCAAAGUUGAACCUUCUGAAAAUAAUGAAGGACAAAAAAAGAAGAAAAGGAAGAAAGACAAAAAGAAAAAGUUGGAAGAUGAAUAAAAUAUUUGUUCAACCUGCUUACUUAAAAAAAAAUUUUUAAUAUUUUUCUUGACAGUUGCUUUGUAAAAUAAUAAAUGAAAUAAAAUUCAAGCAGAAUAA